UCGCGCCACCUGCCAAGCGAAUGGUCGAACUAUGCUCAAGCGCAAAAGUAUCGGGCUUCUUGGAGCAUUCGUGCUGCUGAUAGCCAUUAUCGGUGGCCAGGCUAAGACAGUUCCCUGCAAGUUGAAGGACGUAAAGUAUGGAAAGGUAUGUGUUUGCACGGCGGAUUACUGCGACUAUCUGGACAAUCCCACGCUGAGCAAGGAUGAUGACUUUGCCAUCAUUUCCAGCAGCAAACAGGGAUUACGCUUUGAAUUGAACACGGGUAGUUUUGGAUCCAAAGAUACGUAUGCCAUAGAGGACUAUGUGGAGCCUGCUUCCAAAUUCGCAGCCAGCAAUGACACGAUUCUGUCAAAGUUGUGGGAUCAGGCUAUUGACAGUAUUUUCUCGCAGUCUGCCACUCCGGCUAGCAGCAUCACGCGAUCCGUAACGCUGAAGUUGGAUCGUAGUAAGCGAUUUCAGAAAAUUGAAGGAUUUGGAGGUAGCUUCACAGGAGCUGUGUCCUACUUGUUGAAUAACUUCAAGGAACAGGAUAUUCAAGAUCAUCUCUACAAGUCAUAUUAUGCCGCCGACGGUCUGGGUUUCAAUUUAUUGCGUAUUUCGAUUGGAGGUUGUGAUUUUGAUUUAAAUCCGUGGGCCUACAACGAGGAACCCCAAAAUGAAGUUGUUCUGACCGGCAUGGACAAGCUGCAUGAACGUGAUGUUUUACGUGUUGGGCAGAUCAAGCGCAUGAAAGAAGUGUCUGGCGAAACAAAUCUCCGUAUAAAGGGAGCAGCGUGGAGUCCACCGAAAUGGAUGAAAACAAACAAUGAAUGGACCGGCUUCGGACAACUGAAGCGAGAGUAUUAUCAGACCUGGGCUAACUACCAUCUUAAGUGGCUGGAUCUGAUGGAGAGCAAUGGUCUGCCCAUCUGGGCCAUUUCCACUGGAAACGAGCCGUUGAACGGAAUAUUUUUCAUGUUUUUCGUCAAAUUUAUGAGCCUCGGCUGGACACCACAAAUGCAGGCUGUUUGGUUGAAUGAUUAUCUCGGACCCACAAUUCGCAAUUCAAAGCACAAGGAUAUCAUUAUAUUCGGCAACGAUGAUCAGCGUUUCACCAGUCCGCUUUGGUUCAAAAUGAUGAAUCGCACACGCCCCAAUUCGGUGGACUAUAUUGACGGUGUUGCCUUGCACUGGUAUUGGGAUGAAAUAUUUGGUAACAGUUUUAUUCAUAAAACUAACAAGUAUAUGGAGAAUAAAAUCCAAAUCAUCUCUGAAUCCUGCAUCGGUGACAAGCCCUGGCAAAAAGCAGCUCCAUUGCUGGGCAGCUGGGAACGAGGAGAAAAGAUGGCACGUUCAAUGAUGUCCCAUCUGCAGGACGGUUUCCAUGGCUGGAUCGACUGGAACAUCAUACUGGAUGAGGAAGGUGGACCCAACUAUGUCGAUAAUUUUGUGGAUGCUCCAGUUAUUGCCGACACAAUAACCUACACUGAGUUCUACAAACAGCCCAUGUUUUACGUAAUGGGCCAUUUCUCCAAGCUGGUGCCUGAAGGCUCCGUUCACAUCGAGGCAGUGGCCAGCAAUAUCAACCUCGACUGCAUUGCCUUCAUUCGACCCGACAACAAGAUUGUUGCCGUGCUCUUCAAUAGUGGUCGUGCCGAUCUGGACAUUACCAUAGUUGACACCAUACGCGGCGAACUAAAAGUCAACGUGCCGGCAAAGUCCAUACAUACACUGUACUAUAACUAAAUUCCAAAUAUAAAUAUAAAAAUAAUUAUGAAUAAAUCUUUGAUUUAAUAAAUUCAUAAUAAUAAUA